GCGAAGCCUUCCUCCAAAAUCCAAAUUUAAGGGGGAUCCUCGCCCGGCGCCGCCAGUGAGCGCGCGCCACGCAACCGCGGGCACGGACUCUUCUCGAAGCCAUUCUCUCCGGGCUUCGCCCCACCACCACCCCUCCGGGCCCCACCACACCCGGGCCGAGGCCUCGAAAUGUUAUAAAAUUGGCCAGCAAAACGCCGCCACCGUACCACCACAAACCGCUCGGCCUCUUCUCGCCGUCGUCGAGCUCAUUCUUCUCUCGCUGCUGCCCCCGUGGGAAGAGACCGGCGGCUUCGAGGAAGAGGACGAGGAGGAGGAGGGUUUCGGAGAGGGAGGAGAUGGGUGGGAGAGGGCAGUAGUGGUAAGAGGGGAAUGAGAGGGAGGGCAACAUGCGAACCAUCUGCGACGUCUGCGAAAGCGCCCCCGCCGUCCUCUUCUGCGCUGCCGAUGAGGCUGCCCUCUGUCGUUCAUGCGACGAAAAGCUUGGGAUGUCUGCCGUGAGAGAUCUGCCCCUUCAAUGUUGAUUGCGAAGAUUGGCUUGGUCUUACCUUUACGAAGUAGGAAUGCGGUCCACAUGUGCAACAAGCUUGCUAGCCGACAUGUACGAGUAGGACUAGCUGACCCUAGUGAAGUUCCCCGCUGUGACAUAUGUGAAAAUGCACCUGCUUUCUUUUACUGUGAGAUAGAUGGAAGUUCCCUAUGCUUGCAAUGUGAUAUGAUAGUGCAUGUUGGAGGAAAAAGAACCCAUGAAAGAUAUCUCCUAUUAAGGCAAAGGGUUAAGUUUCAAGGUGAUAAGCCAGGCCACAUAGAAGAUCUAUCCAUGCAUCCGAAGGACCAAGUUGAACAACAGAGGGAUCACAAUCAGGUUCCUAAAAUGAUAAUGAGAGAAAAACUGCCAAAUCACCAGCUUUCUACUGAUCCUGCCAUAAAUGCUAAUAGUGAUGGUCGUGGAAAAAUUAAUUCGAAGAUGAUUGAUCUAAACACGAGACCUAUACGAACUCAUGGGCAGGCUUCAAACACCCAGACUCAGGAAGUGGAUCAUUUGAGUAAUAGUAACCAUGAUGCUGCGGGUGUGGUUCCUUCGGGGCCUUUCCAAAGAGAUGCAGAGUAGCAGCAUGGUGUAUCCAAUGCUCAUUUCUGUACAUUUUCUCUGUUUUUUGCUAAUCAUUACUUUGGAAAUGGACAGUCCUGGUUAGACAUGUUUAGGCUACAUGGAAGGCACGCAUAAUUUAUGUUGCAAUGAGUGGAAUGUAAUGCAUUGCUUUGAUGCUUAGUAGUUCAUGGGUCUUGUUGUACAAAUGUGAGAAAUUUCUAGUUUACCAACCUGUAUAGCCACAUCUUACUUCCAUGAUGAGUGUGAUGCAGUCCAAAUAAUAAGGUCCAAAAUAGUAUAAAGAGCUUGCAACUGUAAAUUGUAUCAGUAUAUUGUCACCUUUUUUCUAUAUAUUCUGCUGGAGUCUUCUCAUUUUCUUCAGAGGUUUGAAA